CCGUGAUUCGCAACAAUAAUUAGUUAGAGUAGAACCCUGGUAUCCUGAUGAUGACCCUACCUAUUCUCGUCCCAUGCAGCGUACCUGACCCAGAGACAUGUCAUCUCAUCUUGACGUGGCGUCCGAUGGCUGAUCUUCCUGAUCUUCCUGAUCUUCCCUGAUCCCCUCUUCAGUUUCAUCGAAUACAUAACGCGCAACCACGGAAUUGUGGCCUGUUCCCAAUGCGCUCGUCAUGUCCGAGCAUCAGGACAUAAGAAAGGCUCCAGUAAAACAAGACGAGAUCAGAUCGAACACGGAACAUGAUCUCGACAAAGCGGAGAAUGCAAGCCAUGUCCGUCCAACGUCCGGGAGUACGCUCCUUCCAAGGCCUGUUGCAUCCUUGGUAUCCUUCUUUGCGCAAUCGACUUCGCUUUCUCUCCGACUGGGUAGUCUAUUCGGUGGAGCAGCGAUUGAUGGAGCCAGAGUGACAACCCUGACGGGUCUGGAAUUAAGCAGGGCGGUUAUCGAAGGCAUCUUGACCCGGGCUGGGCGAGAUAUCGCUAUCAGAAGUCAUGGUGAAUUGGGGAGGGCAGAGGCAGAGUCUCUCUUCGAGAGAAGUCUUGCGACUUUGCAUUCAACAGUCACCUCCGCGUCCUUCUUUGCAUCCGCGGGCUUUCAUCUCUCUUCCGCAACUCUGUCGUCGGUCUCAAAUCUUUCACAAAGCCUACUGUUCGCCCUGGACUCGAUACUGGGUUCUACAGAGUCGUCACGAGCUAUCGCGGCAAUUAUAACUCUGAUUCGAAAGGAAUUUAAUGGUAUGGAGAUAGAUAACGAAGGACAGAAGAUUGGCGUGGGAGAUCUAUUAGUAGGAUCAAUUGGGUUUGCCUUGCUUCAACGCUGGGGAAAGAGGAAUACAGAGAGAGAGAUCCGUGAAGGCGGCGGAGAAGAGACUGUCUGGGAUGUGGUCAUUCUGGAUAACGGUGUGAGAGCCGAUGUCAUAGGGACUCAGCAGAUCGGAUACACGAAUGAACCUCAGGACAACUUCGAUGGUGAAUCCCGGCGUCCAGCUUCGUUCUUGUCUCCCGGGAAAGACGAAGAAGCUUUCGAUGCUGUCGAGCGAGAGAGGGCCUCGGCUGCUGUUCUCCGUCAUCCUCAUCUAGACCUGUCCGCCGAGAGUCAACAUCAGAUAUCAGAUGAUGAUAUCAGACGCUACAUCAUGAGUCAACUACCUGAAGGGUGUCACGCAUCUAUCAAAACGGAGACUGUCACUGCGCGCACCAUUACUGUGGACAUUUUUGAUGACGAUACUGAGAUCACUGCUCCCCCCGGUACAAUGUUGAUUGAAGAAAGGUUUCAUCAUGAUCCUAGCUACAUGCCUGGAAAAGAAUCGCGGAAUACUGCAAACGCUCCAAAACAUACUGUGGUGUUCAGAACGGCGUUGAACCGGUCUCAAAGUGCAGAGUUGCGCCGUGAAGAGUCUAGUGGCCCUCCGACUUCCUCUGGGUUCGAAUCAGGUGAAGAGCAUACUAUUUCUGGGGACACGGAUAAUAGCCAUAUGUGGCACUCUUUUGCUACUGAAAUCACAGAUAUGGACUAUCCUGACAGCCAUAGAGCUUCGGUAGCAAAUAAUCGUGAUAGAAACGACAGGCCGUCUAACACUGCCCUCGACCAAGCUUCUGAUUUCCGUGAAGAUAUCAUUAAGGAGGACUCUCUGCUUCAACCACCUUCAGAAGAGAGAAAAAUCACCUCGAACACGUCGAGACCUGUCACUCACAAACGCCCUCGCAACAAACAAAGCUCCUCCUCGUUAAGCGGUAAUGAAAAGGGGACGUCCGGAAAGAAGUCUCUUUCAAAAUUCGCCCAAAAAGUCAAGCAGACCGCUGAAGAGAGAUCAGAACAUAAAAAGAGGGCGCCUGCUAAGUCGGGAUCAAGAGCCCGCCCUGGCCGGCCUUCUGAUACCUCCCAGAGCAAAGAGAAGGAGCCUAAAGACGCUGGCUUGAAGAGGGCGUCUGCUCCUCAUGGUCUAUUUAGAACGCAAACCUCCAGGAUUAAGCCAUCACCGAAUGCGCACUAUCCUAGUGAACCAGGCGUAACACCUCCAGCAGUGAACAGGAACAAACCUCAACCGCGGUUACCAGUUAGUCCUACGUUGAGGUCUACUCCGUCCCCAACCGCUAGAAGGCACCCCCGCGAUCUCCAUGGGCGAACACCGUCAAGGUCAGAUUAUUAUUCCGUGCGUGAGAAGAGCAGGGAGUCUUUCAUUGCGCAGACAGACAGCUACUCUGUACGAUCUGUCGAUACGCGGCCUGGAUCUGCUCUCGCUAAGACCCAUCUUCGAAGCGAUAGUGCCCUGUCUGCUACGUUAUCGGAGAAAGAUAUGAUGGUGUCUGCCGAUGGCGAAGUUCGCCCAGGCUCAUCCACGAUACACAGAAGAUCAGGAUCAUUUGUGCCUAGCAUUUAUUCUCUAGCGACGGCGGGAUCACAGGCAUCCCUUAUACUUGCUCCUCGCCCACGUAAGAGUGUCUACGAUGAUCAAGCAACACUGAUAGAGCUUAGCCGCAAUGGCACGGUGCCUGGCAUAUUUCCGGCAAAUCAUUUAGUGCAUAACGUUCGGCGUUUCUGCCGCUUCGCAUCUGCAUCAUACGGUUCAAACGCUCUUAAAGUGAUGGGAAUUUCCCAGGCGACAAAAGCCAUUAGCUCUAUACGUUCAGAUCAUCAUGAGCAUUGUUCAUUUUCGGACCACACCGGCCUUCCUCCUAGCACAAUACUCCUAUCAUCCUUUGUUGAUCCAGAAGGCGGCUCGAACUCCAAAGGCGAGACGGGAAUGGGAUUUCCCCUUGUCCAUUAUCUUUCUAUAGAUCACGAGUCUAAAGCCAUCAUCUUGACACUAAGGGGGACAUGGGGCUUUGAGGAUAUCUUGACAGACGUGACUUGCGACUAUGAUGACCUCGAAUGGCAGGGGAAGAACUGGAAAGUUCACAAAGGAAUGCUUGCCUCGGCACGGCGCCUCCUGGAAGGUGGCGGUGGCAGGGUCAUGCUGACUAUCAAAGCGGCAUUAGAGGAAUUCGUCGACUAUGGUGUCAUAUUCUGUGGACAUUCUCUUGGUGGUGGUGUUGCGUCCUUACUUGCAAUACUGAUUUCCGAACCAAAUACUGGCUCUAAUGGUCCAUCAUUUGUCACUGCUUCUUCCCUGUCGGCAGCCAGGCCGCUGCUGCUAACAGCAGGCCACCGAGAACAAGAACAAGCCCAUAUGGCAUAUUCGUUACCCUCUGGUCGCCCGAUCCAUGUUUAUGCCUAUGGGCCCCCCGCAGUGAUGUCCCCGUUUUUAAGACGGGCAACGCGUGGAUUGAUAACAACCGUGGUCAACGGCCAGGAUGUGGUUCCGAGUCUCUCGCUUGGUAUCUUACAUGAUGUGCAUGGGGUCGCGCAGGCUUUCAAAACCGACACCUCCGGCGCCAAGUCGCAUAUCCGAUCUCGAAUAUGGGAGGCACUGAAGCAGAGCAUUAUCAACAAAUUUUAUGUGAACCAACCCCCCAUAAUAGUCAAUGCUGGAGAGGAAGCCGGCGAUGACGCCUGGGCCUGGGCGGCGUUGAAGACUCUACGUGCAGAGAUGGUGGCACCGAAACUUGUGCCGCCAGGGGAAGUAUUCGUUGUCGAGACAAUGCGUGUUUUGCAACGAGACGCCUUUACUUCAAAUGUAGGCAAUGAUGGCUUUCUCGGACGGCCUGCCACCAGAGUGCAGUUUAAAUUUGUCCGUAAUGUCGAGGCCCUAUUCUCAGAGCUGAGAUUUGGUUCAGGUAUGCUGGGGGAUCACAAUCCAGCUAGAUAUGAAGCUAGCCUUGCAGCCUUAGCUCGUGGCGCUUUGGAUUGACUUGCGAGUCACGGACGAAAAUAUCGAAUCUUUCAUGCAACUCUGUAAAAAUCGACAUGUCGUUUAUGGAUCUGGCUCAUUCCAUCAUGCGAGCUAACUGGGGUAAUGACAGGAUAUGGUGUUCUCAGAAGGAUUUUGUGAUUGCAAGACAGAUAUAUACCCAGCUGGUGACACGACACUCGUUUGAUUUCAUUUCAGUUUCGUCGGCACAUAUUAGAUAGAUAUAUAGACAACGAGAAUAGGAUACAUAUUUUCAUG